AUGAGGCUCAUCUGCGUAAUCCUGUUAAUUAGCACACUGGCUUUGCUAUUCCACACCGCUGCUGCUGAUAUAGAUCAAGACACUGAUCUAACAAAACCACAGCAAAAUGACGAUGAUACAUCACUGUUUCGAGGUGUGGAAAAUGCCAUUGAUGAAGAUUCUGAAGACGAUGCUUACCGAAUACUAAAGAGUCUGCAAGAUGUCACAGAUGAUGAAAUGGAUGAAGAUCAAGACUUCAGUCCAGACAGCAACGAUGAGGACGAAGAUGAAGAAGACAGCGAUCUUCUAUUUGAUGAUGUCGACGAUGAAGAUCAAGAUGAGGAUGAAGAUGAUUUCUCUGCUGAUCUACCAGAAUUCAAAAAUGAAGAAACAGCAGACUUUUUUGAACAUCUUCCGCAGCAGCCCGUAGACAAUGGUGACAAUAAGCUGAGCAUUGUGGAAGACAACAUCGAAGUCGAAGAAGUUGACGAGGAAAUGGAUGAAUUAGCCCCUAAACCCGACCUUGGGGAGGACGACGACGAAGAAGAGGAGGAGCAAGACGAUUCAAAUCAACACAAUGAAAACUCCACGCCUACUCCUGUUUUACCGCCCAUCACCAAUGAAAAUAUACCCUGGAACAGACCUGAGCCUGUCAUGAAAGUUGAUGGAAACUCAAACUUUUACCAAGACAUCAAUUACAAGGAAUCCGAAAAAGUCAAGCAAAAUCCCUCAUCUACAAGCAACUUUCAAUUUUGGCAUUUAUUUUUUAUUCUCAUGGUCCUGGCGAUCGUUUAUAACUCAAUCACAAAGCGCAAGCCCCACAACUUUAUUGAACUGCCCUCGUCCUCUUCUUCGCUGCCAUGGGGCAACAAGGACGAAAAAGAUUACUUGCCUUUACACAGCAACAGCAAAAGAAAUAGCUACUAUAAAUAUGAAAUUAAAAGCUCUUGA